UAAACUACUCUAUACAGCAAAACAAAAGGCAGCAAAACGUUUAAAACAAUUAUAGAAGUAUUCAUUUGUCUCUUCACUUAACACUUUAAGAUCAUCUCAAAUCAUCAAUUUCUUUACUCCAAAAAUCCUCCAUUUUUUCUCUCUUCAUCAUCACCACAUAUCACUGUUAUUCUGUUAAUGGAUUAUGAUUUGAAGAUUGCGAACAAGAAGGAUGUCAUUCUAACAACUCCUCUCUCUCUGGAAGGGAUAUCAGAUAAUAAUUACAGACCUCCCAAUAUUCUUCAACUCAUUCUUAGCCUCUUCCACAAUGUUAGACCUGGUGCUGAUCUUACUCGUUUUCAGCUACCUCCCUGGUUUAACACGCCAAAAUCGCAACUACAAUGUUAUGGAGAACUAGUAUAUUGUGUGAACAAGGACAUGCUUAGCAAAUGCGCCACCGGAGAGACUGCCGUGGAUCGGAUGAUUGCGGUUGUUGCUUGGUGCAUCUCCACCAUUCGUACGCCGAAAUUUGGUGUUGCUCCAUACAAUCCCAUUCUUGGCGAGACGCACCAUGCAUCUAGAGGCACUCUCAACAUCCUACUUGAGCAAGUUUCUCAUCACCCGCCAAUAUCAGCACUACAUGCAACCGACGAGACCAACAAUAUUGAACUCAUUUGGUGUCAACAUGCUGUUCCCAAGUUCUAUGGAGCUGUCAUAGAAGGAGUGAUACAUGGAAAGAGGACGCUAAAUCUUUUACAAAAGGGUGAAAGUUAUGUAACACAAUCUCCAAAUUUGGUUAUGAGAUUAUUUCCAAAGACAGGUGCUGGUUGGUUAGGAAAUGUGAAAAUUAAGUGCCAAGAGACAGGCCUUGAAGCUGAAUUGUGUUACAAAAGUGGUUCAUUUUUAGGGUUUGGAGGAGGUAAUGGGGAUAUUAAAGGGAAGAUCAUUCAUUCAUCUUCUUUGAAGACAUUAUAUGACAUUCAUGGCCAAUGGGACAGGAUUGUUUAUUUAAAGGAUACUAUGGAUGGGAAAACCAAAAUCCUAUAUGAUCCCAAAGAGGUUAUUUCAGGACUUCCGACCCCAAUGCUAAGGGAAAAUAAGGGAGUGUGGGAAAGUGAAUCAGCUGCAGUAUGGGCAGAAGUAAGCAAAUGCAUUAUAAGCAAAGACUGGAAUGAAGCAAAAGAGGCAAAGAGAGCUGUGGAGGAAAGAGAGAGAAAGUUGUUGAAGCAAAGGAAAUCCAUGCAAGAAGAUUGGGUUCCCAAGCAUUUUGAUUUGUCUUACAACCCACAAAUUGGUUGGGAUUGUUCACCUAAACAAAAGACUAUCCCACCAGCUCCAAUUAUAUUCCCAACUUCAACUAAGUAAGUGUUCGCUCAGUGGUGAUGGGGACUGGCUUUGGUUGGACGGACCCGUGUUCGAAUCCCCGCAACACUCUUGGGAGAGGAACGGAACCUAACCACCCCGAACUUGGUCUCGAUCCGAAUGUAACCCGAAGGUUAAACCGGGUGCAAACACCAAAAAAAAAAAUCAACUCUUCAAACUUAAGAAAAUUAGAAGUGUUUCUUAAGGCAUAAUAUCAAAGUAUACUAUUGAUGAGUUUGAUGACUUUUGUUGUUAACAUUUGUAACCUAGUUACAUUAUAUGGUAUUUAUGAUUCAAAAUGUUAUUUGUCAGUUUC